UGGAUUCAGACACCGCAUCAAUAUCAAUCGUCUUUCUAAACCGAAGAUUCUAACUAAUAAGUCGUGUAUUGUUUACUACUUUAUUUUCAAUUUUCUUGCAAAAUAUGAAAGCACACGAGAAAUACAUACUAAAGGAAAAACUGCAGCUUGUGAGUGAUAGAUAUGUGUAUUUACUAGAUGCAUUUCAAGUCCCUAGUUCAAAAUCUGAUGAUUUUGUAUGCAGCGAUUAUCUCUUAGAAGAAGGUAAGAAAUAUGAACCAGAAGAAAAAGCGGAACAUGAAACCCGACUAAAGGUGAUGCAAAACAAAAUAAAAAGCAAGUAUCUACAACGAAAGCGAAAGUCGAGCAGCGUUAAAAAUAUAAGCAGAGAGAAGUUGAAAAAAGACCGAAAAAAAAAAGUUCAGCUCUCUGCACAUAUUCAACCCACAGCAAAAAUUGAAACAACCAAGAAAAUCGAGAAGGUUGAACCAUUUUACAAUUCAAUGAAAAAGUUAUUGUUCUCAAAAGUCCAGAUCGAUGAGAAUGAUGUUGUUAAAAAAGGCACUGAAACUGACACUAAAAAACUUUUGCGUAAAGCAUUAGAAGAAAAGAAAAGCUUAAAUGCGCUUAAAUCAAAAGGAGACAGUUCAACAUACUCAGAAGCGAAAAAUAAGAAAGCAUGGGACCGGGCUAUUGCUAAAACGCUAGGCCAAAAGAUGAAAGACGAUAUCGGAUUACUUUCUGCUAAUAUACAAAAAAGGAAGAAGCAAGUCAUGAAGUCCAAACAGGAAUGGGCACAACGAACUCAAAAAGUUGAACAUAUGAAAACCACCAAACAGAAACAACGAAUGGAAAACAUUAAAUCCCGAGCAGAAAAAAAGAAAAACAAAAAGAAACAAAAGCUAGUUAAAAAGGGUCGCAUUAUACCUGGAUUUUGAUCACGUAAUUUGAUUUGUUAAUUUGAUAUGAAGAACAGGGGUGACAUUGUGAUUCUCGUUUCGAGUGAUUUCGGUUCGUUUCGACCACGUUAAAUGAAUGAGCGAAACGAACCAAAAUCAAUCGAAACGAGAAUCGCAAUGUCACCCCAGGUUUUUAUCCUGGAUUCUUAUUAACCCAACUCGAAAUUAUUAAAGGAUUAAUAUUUUUAGAUGUCAAAAAUGAACGCGUGACAACCGACAAAUUUGAGUUUAUAAAUACUAACAGCAGUUCGAUGUUAAUUAAGAUGAAAAAAUAAAAAAUUUCGAUAAUACU